AUGGGAGGAAGACUAGUAGUCGGUGUGUUAAAAGGUUAUGAUCAAUUAAUGAAUUUAGUUUUAGAUGAAACAAUUGAAUAUAUGAGGGAUUCUAAUGAUAAAAUUUCAAAGGAUAAGACUAGAUCUCUUGGCUUUACUGUUAUAAGAGGUAAUAUUUUAGCAUCUAUCAGUCUCAUGGAAGGUUCAGAAAUUAUCUAUAUGCAAAACUCUGAAUGA